CGCUCGCCCGCCCGCCAGGAGGUCUUGGCUUGUGGGUGGCUCUCUAGCAAUUGCAACUGGAACCUCACACCAAAAGGCACCAUGAUAGUGAUGACUGACAUCACUGCAGCCCCCAGGUUGGGGUUAACUGCCACCACUCCAGCUGUGGCUCCCAACUUCUCCUGGAUGCCAGAGGAUGGCAGCCCCACAGCUGUGGAGGAGCCAAUAUUCCUCAUGACCACCGCUGCUCAGGCCAUCUCAGGUUUCUUUGUAUGGACAGCUUUGCUCAUCACCUGUCAUCAGAUCUACAUGCAUCUUCGCUGCUAUAGCUGCCCAAAUGAACAACGCUACAUUGUUAGGAUCCUCUUCAUUGUGCCCAUUUACGCCUUUGACUCAUGGCUCAGCCUCCUCUUCUUCACCAAUGACCAGUACUAUGUUUACUUUGGCACAGUGAGGGACUGCUACGAAGCCUUUGUAAUAUACAACUUUCUGAGCCUCUGCUAUGAGUACUUGGGAGGGGAGAGCUCCAUCAUGUCUGAGAUCAGAGGGAAACCAAUUGAGUCCAGCUGUGUAUAUGGCACUUGCUGCCUGUGGGGAAAGACUUACUCGAUUGGAUUCCUGAGGUUCUGCAAACAGGCUACCCUGCAAUUCUGUGUGGUGAAGCCCCUCAUGGCGAUCAGCACAGUCAUCCUUCAGGCCUUUGGCAAGUACCAGGAUGGUGACUUUGAUGUAACAAGCGGCUACCUCUAUGUGACGAUCAUUUACAACAUCUCUGUCAGCCUGGCACUCUAUGCCCUCUUCCUUUUCUACUUUGCCACACGAGAGCUGCUCAGUCCCUAUAGCCCAGUCCUCAAGUUCUUCAUGGUGAAGUCUGUAAUCUUCCUGUCCUUCUGGCAAGGAAUGCUGUUGGCCAUCUUGGAAAAGUGUGGUGCCAUCCCCAAAAUCCACUCUGCCAACGUGUCUGUGGGUGAAGGCACCGUAGCUGCUGGGUACCAGGACUUCAUCAUUUGCGUGGAGAUGUUCUUUGCAGCCAUCGCCCUGCGCCACGCCUUCACCUACAAGGUGUAUGUGGACAAGAGACUUGAUGCCCAAGGUCGCUGCGCUCCCAUGAAGAGCAUCUCCAGCAGCCUCAAGGAGACCAUGAAUCCCCACGACAUCGUCCAAGAUGCGAUCCACAACUUCUCUCCAGCCUACCAGCAGUACACACAGCAGUCGACGCUGGAGCAGGGCCCGCCCUGGCGCAAUGGCAGCCACAUUAUCUCACGCUCCCACAGCUGCUCGGGGGCCCGGGACAACGAGAAGACUCUCCUGCUGAGCUCCGACGAUGAGUUCUAGAAGGGACAACUGCCAGCACAGGCUGUCGUUUUCCUUCUCUUCUUGUUCUUUCCUUUUAAUUUAUUGAAGCAGAACCACGCAGGUCAUAUCACUUGUAGAGAGCGCAGAUUGCAGAGGUGGGCACUGCCAGUAGCUGUGGUGUGUAUGGACACGAUGAGCGGCGUGGAGGUGGGGGAAUGGCCAGGACUCCAUUCUCCAGCCUGUUCCCUACAGCAUCAAUUGACUAGAAUGAAUUGACACAAAGCUCCCGGGUCUGGGGCUCUGGCUUCCCCCACCUGCCCAGCUUGGUGUGAAACAUGACUGGCCAGAGCCUGGAGUUGUGGCUAG